ACUUCCAGUUGGUCAACUGUUAUCGUUAUUCGUUAUCACCUCACACCUGUUUGUUUUUUGACGCAUACUCGUAUUGAUUCUUGACUUGUUUAGUUUUACUGAAGCAUUGCUGCGAUUGUAGGUACCUGAAACCUAUUUGAAUCUAUAUAAUUAUAAUGUAAAAAAUAACAUUUAUAAGAAAGCGUAUAAUUGUUCGUAAUUAUCGUUAUACUAACUAUUUGCAAUAGAACAUAAUACUAUAAUAUGGAAUGCAAUAUGCCGCCAGAGGUUUGUUACUUGAUUGUACCUACUUGUAGUUUUAUUCUUAAGUUUUCAUGAUUAUAUUGUGUCAAAUUGUUUAUAAACUUGCAGGUCAUUACGCAAAUUCUGCAGUUUGUUUCGUUUGAAGACCGUAAACGUGCACGUUCGGUCAAUAGUGUCUGGUAUUACGCAUCAAUACACCCUAUGUUUAUUAAAAAUGAACUAUUUAUCGUCCAAGAUCCCAAGCAAAACGGAUAUAAUGAUAAAGAGCAAAUGGAAUUUUUGAACCUUUACCACCAAAUACUUAAAGAAUCAAAAAGAAAAAUGCUAAACUUAAAAUUGCGUGGUUUCAGUACGCUCUAUAAAUGUUCUUUCAUUUUUGAAGGCAUAGGUGAAAAAGUUAGGGAAAUAUAUCUUGAAAACAUUCUCGUUAUGACCAAUGCAUUGAUUGAUAUCAUUACCAGUUGUUCUAAUAUUAAAAAGUUGGAAUUCUCUAAUAUUAAUCGAUGGUCUCUGGCUGUGGAGAAUCCUAAACCGAUACUCAGCCUGAAGGUUCUAGUAUAUAAACUGGCAACAUUACCAAACAAUGUAUUUAAUUUACUAGCAUCAAUCGCUUCAAAUAUAGAUACUCUAGAUUUGGAUUAUAACGUUUUAGAAAAUGAAGUUUAUACUCCAUAUUGCAAUGUAAAUCAAACUAAUGUUAUGCAAUUUAUAAAAAAUAUCAAAAAUUUAACCAAUUUAAGAAUAAAUGAUAAUUGGUGGAUUUUAAACAGAUUGCCUAAAAACUUGCAAUUAAAAGCUUUAAACAUAAAUUAUCAACGAUUUUACAUGAAUACUAUUGAACUAUCUCAAUUUGAAGCUGUAAUACGCAAUCAUAAAUCAUUACAACAAUUAGAAAUUUUAGGCAUUCCUUGUUGUCUAAUACUAGGUAUCCGAAACCUACAAUUUCUACAAGAAUUGAACUUAACUUAUGCUAAAUAUCAUGUACAUGUAUGCUGUAAUAAACAACUGUGUUUUCAAAACUUUCAAAAUUCAUUUAAUAAUAUGAAAUAUCUUAAAAUAUUGUCAGUAACAGCUGAGGUACCGAUGCAUAAGCCUAAAUAUUUUAAUAGUAUACCUCCGAUUCCACAACAUAUAAUGAAAUCAAUUCAAUCAUUGGACUGCUAUUUUAGUCCUGAAAUGAGUAUUGCAACUUUUGAUAAUAAUCUUACAAGUUUACGAAUAAGAAAUGGUAACAUUUUAUCAGUCGAAGAUUUUAUUAUAUUAUUUAAGGAACUUACAAAAUUAACAAGCUUAUGGAUUGAUAGAUGUUAUAAAUUAAAUGAUGAUGUUAUUUCAGACUGUUCAAUAUCUAAUCUUAAAGGUAAUAAAAUAUUACACAAAUAUUAAAUACUUAUAAUAUUACUAAACCAUAACUAUGUUUUAAGGAUUAACUACCUUAAAGCUUGAUGGAGGAAGGCAAACAUACCGAUGUUUGCAUAAUAUUAAAUUUUCAAAUUUGAUUACAUUGUACAUUCACAUAGCGCCAGUAGGACUAUCUAUAUUGGUAAUAUAAUUUACAUUCAGUUAUAUAUAAAAUAAUUUUCACAUAAGAACAUUAAUAAAAUAUUUCAUAGUUUGUAUCUGUUAAGUUGGUUCCACUUAUAUUUGUCCAAUGUUGCAUUUGAAAAAUAUUGGCAAAUAUUAAUAUGUUAAUAUUUAUUAAUAUAAAAUAUAUAUUCUGGUUUGUGAUCAUGGUUUAUACUUUUAAUAGUUAAAUAUGGGCAUACAGUUUGUUGGUCAUUGGCUCUCAAAUGACUGGUACAUUUUACAAACUUUUUCAACAUUUAAAUUCAUACCUACUAAAUUGUUAUAGUUGUCUAGUGGUUAGUCAGUUGCCAAUUUUUAUGGGAGUUCUAUUAUAAACAUUGUUUUUUCUUUGACUAGUGCAUGAUUUAUUGACAGUCAUUGGAAAAUGGGUAGUGACCGAUAAUUGUACUGGUGUACCUUCUCGCAUGAUUGGUCACUGUCCGUUAGUAACCAACAUUUGCAAAAUAUAUCAGCCAUAUGGGCUUUAUGUCACACAACUCAUAGUAUGCUUAAAUAUUUUGUUUUCAUGCCAGCUUUAUAUGAAAUAAUUAGUACUAUUGUAUUUAAAUAAAAAGUACAUUGGUUUCAUUAUAUUAAUGAAUAUUACCCGUUUUAUGUUAUAGGGCCAUUUACCUGCCAUUGAAAAAUCUUUUAAAACACUGGCCAGUUCUAAUCCUGUAUUGAGUCAUUUGACUGUAUUUUGUGUCAACAGUGAGUGUAGAAUUUUAGACAAAAAUAUUCUUCUUUCCUAUUUUAAAUGUUUAAAAUACUUUAAAAUGUAAUUAGUAACUUUUGAAAAGUGUCAAAAACAUAUAAUUAAUAAUUACCUACUCACCAAAAUAUGCGUUACAUAUUAUGUAGGCAACCAGAUUAGCUUGAAAAUUAGGGUUUACUAUGAUUUAUUAUAUCAUACAAAUAAUGUUUGUGAAGUUGAUUUGGUUGCCUAUCUAACAAAACAUUGGACUUUUAGUAAUCAUUCUUAAUAAUACUAUAUAAUAUAAUUAAUUUAUAUUUCAACAAUAUAAGUAUUUAGAUAAAUUUAUAUUAUUAAUUAUGGAAAUAAUAUUCUCGUAGAUAGCUUUAUAAAAUUUGAAUUAUUUAGUUGACAAUAAGUUAGAUACAAUUAUUUACUGUUAACUUCAGUCAUUAUAUGUAAUAGUAAUCACCUCAACCUGGGGUAGCUGCCCUUAAUUUUAAUAAAAAUAAAGUAAAUUAAAAAUUACUAAGAUAAAUAUUAUAUAAUAUAAAUAGUUAUAUCUAGAAGACUGUUAUCUAUCUUAUAAAAUAAUGUUUAUUCCUAUUUUUGUUUUAUAUUUGUCUGAAAUUAUAGUAUUAAAGUUUAUGAUUUAUAUAUAUAUAUAUGUGUGUGUGUGUGUGUGUGUACUGUGUUAUGAAGUAUUUAAUUUGUAUUAUUUUUUUCUGCAUUAGGAAUCUAUCUCUAAAAUCAAAUAAAAUACUAUAACUUAGUUCCUAAGAAAUAUUAUUAUUGUAUUAUUAUUUAAUUUAUAUGAAGUAUUUAUUUUUUAUUUUUUUUUUCUGCAUUAGGAACCUACCUCUAAAAUCAAAUAAAAUACUAUAACUUAGUUACUAAGAAAUAUUAUUAUUGUAAUAUUAUUUAUUAUUAAUGAUUAAGAGGUGGCUUGAGGUAUUUUUUGUUGAUUCGAGUAGUAUAAAAUAACAACUCAUGUAAACAACAUUUAUUUUUUUUAAAUUUGUAUACUAUUCAUUUAUUUUAUUAAAAAAUAAAAUAAAAUAUUCAAAAGUACAACUAAAGUGUACACAAUCUAAGUUUAGGAACACAUUUUUUACUUAUUUUCUUGAGCAUUAUUAUUAAAUGUUAAAUGUUUCUGAUAACUAUUGGAUAUAGGCAUGGCUAUAGAAAUAAAUAAUUAGAAUUUUGUAUGAACUUAGUUCAUGAAAUUUUGCCAACAUUUCAAUAACCAAAAUUAUAUACAAGCUACUUCUACAUUGUUUUAAGAUUUUUAUUUUUUAUUGAACAUUAAUUUUAAAGUACUUAUAUCACUAAAAUAUUUCUAUUAAUAUAAGUCAGAACUUUAGCUUGUUAAACAUAAUAUAAGUUCUACUGAUCAAAUGUUUAUGUGUGUGUGUGUGUGUAUUUAGUUUUAAUUUUAACGUGUUAUUUAGAGAGUUCUGUGAUUUUCCAAAGAUGUUAUAAUUAAUGAAACAUUUGUAUUCUAAUUGUAGGAAUAAUUUAUAUGUUAAUUAUACUCAUACUCAUUUAAAUCCUUUAAUUGUGGAAUUAUAUACUUAUAUAAGUAGAUUUUUUUAAUAUUUAUUUAAAUUGUAAUCUAAUCUCAUCAGUGCUCAUAUUGGGGGAAAAAUUGAGAAUGCAUUCUGAUGUUAAAAAAAAACUACAAUUUCAUAGGAAAUAAAUUUUACAAUAACACAACAAUGAUAAUGUUUCAUGGAUUCUCUAAACAAGAAAAGUAAAUUAAAUAAUCAGUUUUACUUUAAGAAAUAGAAAAUCAAUAAACAUAAAAAAAAAAUCCCUACAUAUCUAAUUAAAAAUUUACAUUUGAAAUUGAUUAAACAAUUAACAGUUUUACUGCACAAAUAAAGACAGGCAUAAAUAUUAUAUAAAAUGGUUCUUCAUGUUACGAUGUUAGUUAAAUAAAUAAGUUGGCUAAAACAAAGAAAAAAAUAAAGAGGACUCCAUCUGCCCUUCCUUCAAUUUGAGCACUGAAUCUUAUAGUAUUUACUAUUUAUUAAAAUUGUGUUAGAAUAAUAUAUUAAAUAUAUUUGAAUAGAAAUUUAAUAUUCCAAUUGCUGUUUAAUUAUUUGCAUACUAUUAUAUUUUAAAUUGUGAAAAGAUACUAUUUAAUUAUUAAGUCUUAUUGUUAGAGCUACAAAUUGAAUGCACUAAUCAAUUACUUUAUACGCACUAAAACCGCACAAAAUGUGUUCUAAAAUUCUUAAUAUAUGCAAAAUCAUCCACCAUU